AUGAGGAUACUUCGCUUUCUGGAAUCGGCCUCCGAUAUUAACGCCCUCGCCCGCGCUUCAUCAACGCUCUAUUCAUGGGUGAACCAUUUGCUCUACUUUGGCAACAACCACGAAUAUGGAUGGGAUGCCCUGCAUUGGGCCGCCAGCCGAGGCAAACCACACACAAUUAGAGCGAUACAACGCUAUACCGAGGCUCUUGAACAUACUGUCUCGGCGACGCUGAAAUGGAGGACAGCCUUUCAUCUUGCUAUUGAAGGUGGAAAUCAACAGGUCGUACGACUGCUGUUGGAGUCGCACGCAAGCGACCUGACGUCAGGCGAGUAUCCUUCGCUAUGCGAUGCAGCUCGUAAAGGUCACUCUAAUGUCAUUCACCUGGCGGCUGAGUUGGGAAAUUUCGACCUCAACUGCGAGGAUUCGACUGGCCGAACACUGGUAUCAUUCGCUGCAGGGUCGGGAAGCGUUGCGAUGCUGAAUUGCCUUCAAAGGAGCGGGCUUGUUGACCCAGACAAGAGAGAUGGCAUAGGCCGCUCGCCACUGGCUUACGCAGCCCGUGAUGGCCAUUGCCUGGCCAUAAGAGUACUGCUUGAUUGGAUCGAUGAUCCGCCUGACACCCGAGACAAACACGGCGACUCGCCAUUUUCACUUGCCGCGAGAGCUGGGCAUCUCUACGCAUUGAAGGAAUUAUGGAAGACGGGUCAUUCUCAGCUUGAUACUCGAGGGCAAUCACUCCGCACUCCACUCUCGUGGGCAGUACUUAGUGGGAGCCUCGCCGCUGUGCAAUAUUUGCUGGACUUGAGUGCAGAUAUUAACAUGGCAGAUGAUUUGGGACAGACACCACUUAGCCUCGCGGCUAUGCAGGGCAGGGUACAAGUUGUAGAGCUGCUACUCGGUUGUCGGGGCAUAUCACCGAAUAUACCAGAUAGUCGCGGCUAUCUACCGUCCCAUUGGGCAGCCGUGGGCGGCCAUGCCCGGGUCGUUCAAAUACUUUCGCAGCACAGGCACAUCGAGGUUGAUCGUCCAGACUCGGUAGGCAAGACUCCCCUCGCUCUCGCAACGCAAUCUGGCCACGAGACGGUAGUCAGAAUGUUGCUGGAGUCCUUUCGCGUAACAGUGGAUUCAAGAGAUAAUGAAGGGAGAUCCCCAUUGUCUAUAGCCUUGGAAGGGGGCUUCGAACGCAUUGCAAAAUUAUUGCUGGCUACUGGUCAAGCACAGCCAGAUGCGCCUGACCACGAUGGCCAAACUCCGUUGUCGUGGGCAGCAGCUGGCGGCCUUUGUUCUGCUCAUCUCAUCCAAGAGUUGUUGCACAUCUGGGGAGUAGAGCCGGAUUCCGCUGAUGCUGUCGGCCGCACUCCGGCGUCGUACGCAGCAGAGGAGGGCAACGACGAUGUGCUAAAGAUAUUACUAGUGACGGGGCAGGUUGACCCAGACUCCAACGAUAAAUGGGGCCGAUCACUUAUACACUGGGCAGCGCGAUAUGGCCAACUGUCCACGGUCAAGCUUUUGCUCUCGACUGGCAGAAUUGACCUUGAGUCAAAAGACCGAGACGGACGAACGCCAUUGUCCUGGGCUGCAUCAGGAGCGCACAAAGCAACAGUCCGUUUCCUGGUGUCGACAGGAAAAGCCGAUUUGGGAAGUGAGGAUGGACAAGGUCGAACGCCAAGGUGGUGGGCUGCUGAUCGCAAACCCGUUGACCCAAGUCUUGUGGCGAUGCUAUCUGGCUGA